ACCCGGUGGUGGUGGUGACGCCAAACGCAACCGUGCCGUGCCGCCGUGUCGCGUCGCGUGGGUCAAGCCAAGCCACCGCGGACGCGCCCAAAAACCCAGCAAAAACGCAAAAACUUAGGCCGUUUCGCCCACACUUCUCUCGGCAUCGCCGACGCCGCCCGAGAUCCACACACCGUUUCCUUCCUCCUUUGCUUUAUUAACCCAAACCAGCGGUGGUGGCUUUUGCCGUGUCCGGACACACGCGGCGAGGCAGGCAGCCUUCUUGUUCUUGCUGCCCCCCGAGAAGGGGAGGGGAGUGGAGUGGAGUGGAGCAAGCUUGGGGUGGGAGCGCGAGAUCGAUGGAGGGGAGGGUGGUGCUGAGGCGCAGCGUCACGCUGGCCGACCAGCUCGCCGCCGUGGGGCCGGCGGGGCCGUCCUGCAACCUCCGCGACCUGCUCAAGCUCCGCGACGAGGACGACCUCGCCGCAGGGCGCCGCGCCGCGGUCACACUCGCGUCCGCCAUGGCGGCCGAGAGGAUGGUGCCGCCUGCUGCGCCUGAGCCGCUGGCUCCGUCGCCGCCGUUGUCGUCGUCCACCGUGGCUGCCGCGGCGGCGCGUACUUUGCUGGAUAUUAUCCGGGAUGACCAGCUCCCGGUCUCUACUGCCGGCGGCGGCGGCGACGGUGGUGGUGAUCCCCUCGUCCGCCGCGCGGUCUCGCUGCCUGCACCGGUUACGACCGCUUCCUCCCCGCCGGCAGUAGAGGCCACGACUCCUCCGCCCGCCCCGGAGACGCCGCCGCCGCCGGUGGAGGAGGAGCAGGGGGAGAGGGUGUCCCUGAUGGCGCUGCUGGAGCAGACGGAGAGGCACUGGAGCGCCACCGCGCGGGACCAGGAGCCGGAGCCCGCCGCUGGCGCAUCCGCCGGCGCCGCGGCGGAGGACGAGGCGGAGCCGGAGAUGGGCAGAGGAGGGGCGGUCGGCGGCGGCUGCUGCUGCGUGUGCAUGGCGCGGGCCAAGGGCGCCGCCUUCAUCCCGUGCGGCCACACCUUCUGCCGCACCUGCGCCCGCGAGCUCCUCGCCGGCCGCGGCCGCUGCCCGCUCUGCAACGCCGCCAUCCUCGACGUCCUCGACAUCUUCUAACCCCCGCCUCCUCAGCUCGCCGCCGGCGACCAAGAUUGCCUCCGGCGAGCUCAGCAAGAAUCAGCUAAACCGGCUGCUCCUGCAACUGAGAUAGGAUCCACUGAUCCAGACAUAGAUAGAUCUCCCCUCUCCCCCACCUGUUCUUGAUUGAGUUCUCCGCAAAUGCAAAAGAAAAAGGGACCUGCAAAGAUUAGAACUUGUUCAUCUUGCUGCAAGCCUACAACUUGUAAGCGGUCAACAUUCUCUUCCUGUUCCAAUUCCCCAAAUCCAAAACCCACCCUGGAUCGAUCGAUCGAUCGAUCAAUCAAAAGGUUGUUCUUGCGUCCUGUAGGAACGCAUAAAUGAUUCUUGAUUCAACAAUCAAGAUCAGCAAAAUGGUGGGUGGGUGCUUUGCCUGCCUGGGUGGUAGUGGUAGGUUAAAAAUUAAAACUUUUGACUACAGAUUAUGAAUCUGGCAGAGUUAGUAACUGUAAAUCUGGUAGAAAUCUUAUUUUUCACUUUCUUGUCCAGUCUCCAGCUAGCACAAGCAGUGCAUUGUUUGAAGAUCUCUAGAAAUUACUAAGAUACUCCGGCUAGUACGUAGAUAACUUAAAUUUACUGCUCCAAUAAUCAACCCCACUUCGCUGUGCAUCCCUAUCGUAUGAACUCAUUUACUUCCAAGGAAGGAGCGCAUUUCAGAUUCUGAUUGUCUCGAAAUUUAUGAUACGAAGAGAAAAUCUCAUAAAUUUGCGUGACACCGACGAGGACGAAAGCUAUAGGCAUAUUAGGUUUCGGGGCUGUUUGGAACAUUGACUUUUUGACCUAAUGUUUAGAUGUUAAUUAA